GCUGUGUUUUCCUCAGUCAUUCUUCCACGCUUUGGCGCCGCUUUGAACUUUAAUCGAAUCGUCCAAAAUCCAGCUUUGCUUCGUUGGAGCCUUUUUUUCUUCUUUGUUUCGUUUUUGUUGUUGUUUUUUUUGCAUACUUUGCGAAGGUAAUAAUGUCGGACGUGUUGUCUGAUGAAGUCGGUGAAAUCGGCCAAGAUGACGGCGAGGAGGACGUGAUGACCCCGGCGGAGCUGAUCGCCAAACUCGAAGAGGCUUGGCUGAAUGAGAAGUUCUCCCCCGAGCUGCUGGAGAACAGAUCGGAGGUGGUGGAGUGUGUGAUGGAACAGCUGACUCACAUGGAGACCAAUCUGCAAAGGGUAAAGAAAGGGGACAUGAAGGCCAGUGUCCACCGCAUGGAGAUAGACAGGAUCCGCUUUGUCCUCAGUAGCUACCUACGCUCCCGCCUGCAGAAGAUUGAGAAGUUCUUCCCGCACGUCCUUGAGAAAGAGAAGUCUCGAGCUUUGGGAGAUCCAUCAUUCUUGUCACCUGAAGAGUUUGCCUUUGCCAAAGAAUACUUUGCUAAUACAGAAACCUUCCUGAAGGCUGUAGCUCUGAAACAUAUGCCCCCCAACCUACAGUCAGUGGACAUGCAGAAAGCAGUUCCUGAGCCCUACUUGGAUUCCUUUGUUUUUCUUCGAGUGAAGGAGAGACAGGACAACGUCCUGGUGGAGCCUGAAUCGGAUGAACAGAAAGAGUAUGUUGUGGAUCUAGAAGAGGGUUCUCAGCACCUUAUGCGGUAUCGGACCAUAGCGCCACUUGUUUCAAAUGGCGCUGUGCAGUUAAUUUAAUUAAGGUCCUUGCCUCCCUAUAUAAUAUAUCUUUUGAGUCCCAUACAUAUGAAUCAUUGAACAAGCUCAGGCUCAUCUUCCUGACCUGGAGGUAACGGGGAGUGGACAGUUCCUCACCAGAGCCUUCGAACUUGUAAAAGCUGACUCGCUUAAAUGACAAAGAGACUCAAGUCUUGAUGCGAACAGAAGAAACACAACUUAAUUGAAACUGUUGGCUACAAAUACAAGGUCUGUAGGUGGUAUAAUUUUCAGAUGAUACCAUGCAACAUAAAGACUUUCCAGGCGAAGGAGUGUCAGAAGUGAUACCGAGCAACAUUGAAUACAAAUAUAAAUGAUUUCAACGCCAGCAGUUCAGUGCUUCUUGGAUACUUGGAACAAGUAAUGAUGGGUUUAGUCAUAAACCUGCCAAUUCAUUGUUCUCCCUGUUGCUCUGUCUGUGUGACACAGCUGUGAAAUUUCUUCCCGUUGUGCAGUAACAUUUGACGUUGCAUGCCUGGGAGAUGUAAUUUCAUCAGUUCACUCGGCAUCACGGUGGAGUAGCUGCCUUCCUCUUCAUGGUGUACGUGUGAAUGUUCAUGCAUUGCAGAGACAAAUGUGUGACUUUUGGACAGCACGUAUUGACGCCGUAGUCGAGCGCUCUAGCAGUUCCUCUGCAUCAUAGACAAAGCAUCCGGCUCAUGUCUACAUACCCAAGUGUCAUGUUGAACAUCAUCAAGAGCUCUGAUCGCCGCCUGAGUAGUGAAGGACACAUACUGUUGUUUACCUUCCGCAACAUUAGUGAGUUUUGUAGAAGUGAAUUGUUAUGUUGUGGUUCUAGCUCAACGUUUUGCUCACAUUUACCCCAAAGCCACGAGAAUUAACGGGAACAUUUUCUUCUCCAAGACAUAAUUGUGGUAAUUGCAUCGUUAUGUAAGAGUUUUGCAGAGUGUGGUAGAUGCUUGUUGUAUUUGCCCUCAUGCAUAAUUGCCAAGCUAUUGGAACUAAUAAAGCACCGAGUGAGUGGGCAGUGUGCAUCACU